AUGGCGACCUGGAAGGAUUCAUCCUACUGGAGUCUAUGGCUACUACUUCCAUUAUUCGUUGGGUUCUGUUCGCCUGUAUGUGUUGAGGUUCCUUCUGGGACAGAGGCCGUGCAAGGACACAAUAUGACCUUGUUGUGCAUCUCCUGCAUGCAGAGAGAGGAGGUCUUCGCCAUUACCAAUGUUGAAUGGUACUAUGAACCCAAAAAUGGGAUUGGAAACCGAUCGCUUAUCUACGAAUUGUUUGAAGGAAAGCACAUUAAACCUAAAAGCCAGUUUAAUGGUCGCCUCCAAUGGAUUGGGAGCAAGGAUCUGCAGGAUGUCUCCAUCAUAUUACAUAAUGUGACAGUCACCGAUUCUGGGAAGUUUGUCUGUCAGGUGAACCGUACAUUGCGUUAUGAGGCCCAUCAGCACUCCACACAGAGCAGCUUAGAAAUCAGCCUCACUGUCAAUGCAGUAGCCAGGGAAGAUUUUACCUCGGUCCUCUCGGAGAUCAUGAUGUAUAUCCUUCUGGCCUUUCUCACUUUGUGGCUUUUGGUAGAAAUCGUUUACUGUUACAGAAAAAUCUCUAAGGCUGAAGAAGUGACUCAGGAAAGUGUGUAA